UCCGUGAGGGCCGCGCCGGCGCCACCGUCCCUCCACACCCCGCCCGCCGCUCCGCGGAUUCCCCGUCCCGGGCCGCCGCAGCGGGAUGGCGCCGGGGCUGCUGGACCUGGUGCACUUGACAACCUGGGCCGUGUGUGCCGUGAUCAAGCUGCCGCAGCUGGUGGCGGUGCUGAGGGCUGGCUCGGCGUGGGGACUCAGCGUGAGCAGCCUCCUCCUGGAGCUGGCCGGCCUCCUUGUGUUUCUGAGGUACCAGAUCUAUUAUGGUUACCCCCUGGAGACAUACCUGGAGUAUCCCAUCGUCAUUGCACAAGAUGUCAUUCUCCUUUGCUGUAUUAUGCAUUUCAGCGGAAAAGCGAGACGAGCUUUUUUCUAUGCAGUCGCAUUUUGGGGGGGAUGGUACAUGCUAACACUGCAGAAGUGGAUAAUAGACCUGGCCAUGAAUCUCUGCACGUUCGUCAGUGCAGCCAGUAAGCUUGUUCAGCUGCAGCAUCUCUUGGACACCAAAGAUUCCGGACAAGUGAGCGCCCUGACCUGGGGCAUGUCUGUAUAUGCCUCUGCAACAAGAAUUAUUACAACUGUAAUGACUACAAAUGAUCUCGCAGCCUCUGCAACCCAAAAAAGCUGUAGCUUUGCAAGCAUUUCAAGUGGGUCUUUACUGGAAAAGGAAAUCUCAUUUCUGGCCCACAUUUCCACCCCCAUGCUUGCUGCUUUUUCUUUGCCAAGUUCUCAUCCGUUUCAUAGUCAUGCUCAUUCUCAAUAUUUGGGUCACAGCCACAAUCCUGCACUACAGGAAGACUAAAAAGACUGAUUAGAAGACACUCAUCAGCACACAUAUCAUUACCAUAAAAAAUAUAAUUAAGCCUAAAGAAUUUAAGAAUUCUUCAGAGAUUGAGGAAGCUCUCUUUCUCUAAUAUUUACCCUUUUGUGUACUUACAAUAUUUACAGUACUUGCAGACUUACACUAUAAUACAUUCAUGCUUACUUUCUCUUAGAAAUAAUUCUGAUAAGAUACUUAAUUUAAGCAGCAUAUUUUUAUUGGUCAUUUCAGACAAGUUUCACUGAUAUCACAUUUUCUCUGGAUUUUUUUUUACUACAAGGUAUUUCAUAGUUAGAUGUAUAUAUAUUCUGGUAUCACUUCAGUACUUUCUGGUUACAUAUAAGCAAUUUUCUUCAAUUAUACAUGAUCAAUUUUGCACCAACAUACUGACUCGUCCUGCUGCAAGACUGAAAAACCACAACAGAAGUUUGUCUUCUUGCAAGCAACUCAAUUAGUUCAACAUUAACUGCCUGUAUUGGAGGAUGAAGAAAAUCUGAGUCAAGAUCCAAUCCAGAAUAAGGUUCUAAUUACUAAGUCACAAACCCAGCUGGGAUUGUAGCACUUACAUGCAACAUUUAACAGUACAAUUUAUACAGCUGAUACAGGAUACCCAUAGUCACUUUCCUCAGUAUACCCUGUUUUUAUUGGAUAAGAGAGCAAAAACUCAACUACGAAUUACUUUUCAACCUGAGCUCUCAUUCACUGAACAUACUGUUUUGGGAACAGCAGGAACUAGAAUGUAUGGGAAUUAAUGAAAUUCUGACCAACAGUUAAAAAUGCUGUUCAAGCAAAAAUUCCUGGAAUGAUAUCCAGAAUUCCCAAACACCAUUCACACUGACAUGUGCACCUUGAUGUAUCUCAGCAGACUGAUCUCCUGUGGUUGUCAGGUUUUGGUGAUUUGUGCUCUGUGGUUCAUAAGUUUUUGGCCUGUCAGUGCUAAGUGAGUUGAAGAACAUAUACUUCACUUAAACUUUUACUUCAGAAAUUAUAAUCAAUUUGUAGUACUUACAGUAAAAAGGGGGAAAGGAUAUUCUUGACAACUGUUAACAGAGGAUUUUAGUUUUGGAAGUACUGCCUUCACAACCAAAAGUUACAUUGGUAAUCAUAUAGCUUGCCUUCAUUUGUCAUUACAUUCCCCAAAAUUAAAAGAUACAACAUUCCAAGAGUUCUUACGGUAUUCUGUUGAUUGGCAUGUAAAAACCUAAGCACCCUUGAUCCCAACACCCUUGAAAACUGUGGGAAGACUGCAUUGACUUCAUUUGAGGCAGGUUUUCUUCACAACAUUCUGAAUUGUGUGACUGCUGUGGAGCAAAGGGAUCUGCAAAAGCAGAUGUUUUGCCAGUGAGCAUGCAGCAAUUGGAGCAUUCACCAUCAGAAAACAGCUGCCUCGUACUCUAAAUUUUAGUGGGAAGGGCUGGGAAGAGAUGUGUCUGUGGGCAUUGAUUUCAUGUAUCCCAUGUCAUUGAGAGCAAGUCAAAGAUGAGCUUUUUUUUUUACUGCUCCAAUAAAAAGUAUAAAUCUUUCUAUGUUGGUUGAAAGAUUAAUUGUAAACAUUCUGAUUUGACUAAAGCUGUGUAAAGUAUCUGAAGUGGUCUAAAUGGUGGCAGGUGGCAUGUGAUAAAUUUUCCAGGUGAUACUAAUAAAUGCUCUUCUUCAAGA